CCUUAACAAGAUUCUGGCAUUUGUCCUUUGUCGUACAAUAAUUUUGCCAUUAACAAUUUAAUUACACGUUAAUGAAUAUUUGUUCAACUCUUUAAACCAAUUUUUUUGAGUGAUAAACCAGUGAAACGACACAGCUGUUUCGCUUUCAUGUCAUUGUUUUCCACGAGGCAAAAGAAAAAAGAAAGCUUAACAAGGAUUUCACUUCUCCUUGGCUUCUUCUUUGGGUUUAGCUUUUCUUUGGGGUUUCUUUAGUAACUGAGAAUCCAAAGGAAAAAUAAAUCCUUCAGCUUUCUGAUUAUAUAUAUACGUACACAUACUCUUUUUUCUUUUCUAAUUGCUUCAAGUUCUGCAAAAACAACAAUGGCUGAGUAUAUCUGUGUAUUUAACAAGGAUACGCUACUUAUAAAGCCAUCUAAGAAAUCUCCAUUGUUCUUAAGGACAAUAGUUUUAUUAUUUGCCAUGGUAUGUGGUAUAUAUAUCUGUACAGUCUGUAUUAAGCAGAUAAGUACUACUGUAACCAAGAUGAAUAUUCAAGUCAUUCAGAGUCCAUCUCCAGAUUCUAACAUCAUUACACAAUUGGAACCCCGAAUUCCCACCUUGCAUUAUCCUAAACCCGAAACCUUUAGCAGGGGUGAAUGCUCGAAGAAUCCGGUACGGUUCUUUGUCAUAUUGUCAAUGCAAAGGUCGGGAAGUGGAUGGUUCGAGACUUUGUUAAAUAGUCAUGUCAAUGUAAGUUCAAAUGGGGAGAUAUUCUCUUUACUGGAGAGGAGAAAAAAUAUUUCUAAUAUUGUACAAACUUUGGAGAAAGUUUACAAUUUAGAUUGGUUCACUAGUGCUUCCAAGAAUGAGUGCUCUGCUGCUGUUGGCUUCAAGUGGAUGUUGAAUCAGGGAUUGGUUGAGCACCAUAAAGAAAUCGUAGAAUACUUCAACCAUCGAGGUGUUUCUGUGAUUUUUCUCUUCCGAAAAAAUUUGCUUCGAAGGAUGGUUUCUGUGCUUGCAAAUUCAUACGAUCGCUAUGCUAAGCUAUUAAAUGGAACCCACAAGUCUCAUGUUCAUUCACAGCAAGAGGCCACUGCUCUUUCGAGUUACAAGCCAAUAAUCAAUUCUGCAUCAUUAAUAAGUGAUCUGAAAGAAAUAGGAUCGGCUGCUGUCAAGGCUUUAGAAUACUUCAACAGCACCCGUCACUUGGUUUUGUACUACGAGGAUCUUAUCACGAACUGUACGAAACUAAAAGAUGUUCAAGAGUUUCUAGGGAUUCCACAGAUGGAAUUAACAAGUCGGCAGGUUAAGAUACACAAAGGGCCAUUAUCGGAUUUUGUGAAGAACUGGGAUGAUGUGAACAAGACACUAACCGGAACGGAGUAUGAAAGUUUCCUCCGUGCUGACUACUAAGAAUGAAAGGUGUGAAUGUUGUCUUCAGCUAAUUUUUAUAACAGAAGCUGACCGGAUGGACAUUCAGCGUGUUUCCUAUGGCUGCCCUGAAUGAAGGCAUGACGUUUCGAGUUUGAACAUUCCGGCAAGAGUAAGGUGAUCAAUACCACCGCAUUGAGCACUGUACCAUUUAUUUGGUUGGUUUGAAUUUUGUUUGAUCAUAUAGACAGCUUGUAUAUGUCAGCUAAUUAAGAAAAUAAUAGGUGAAUCAAUUGUUCAUAUGCUUAAAUAGCUAUUUUAAAUUUAAGUUUGUCCCUUGGUGGGUGCACAUACCAAGUCCAUUAAGAUUUUAGUGACCUAUGAAAAUGGGUUGAGAUUGGUUUUCAAUUUUUCUAA